CUUAAUUAUCGAAAUAUGUUAUGAAAGUUAUUGUGAAUUUAGGAUUUUUAUUCUAUGGGAGAGGAUAGUCAAUCAAACCUCCAUGAUGCCCCCCAUGAAAGGCGACGAGUCCAGCUAUCCUUUCGCAUAUAAUUUUUUCCACAAGAUUCGAACCUGGGAACCCACACAGUGCGAUCCAGCUCACACUUUCGCAACAAUAUUCAUAUUGUAUAUACGCAACUCAUUUAUUAUUGAGAGCAAGUUGUUUAUCGCACAUUGUUACGGAUUACUAAAGGUUAGUUGAUAGAGAAAGAUUAGGAUUUGACUCUAGUAGCCUAUAGUAAAUUCUUCUGAAUUGUAAUAAAAUAAAAUAAAAAGGCCUAAUAAAAAGGUUAAUAAAUAUUUUGCUUUAAAAAAAUUCUGCUUCAAAUUUAUGUUCUUUAGGAGUUGCAUUCACUGAUAUAUAAUGUUCCAAUAGAGGAUGUUUAUUAUACAUAGUCAAUUGAAAAGCGUGAAGUAGCUCAUUGCAAAACCUUACAUCUCAUGUUAGCUCUGUUCAAACAGAAUACUUUUGAUCAUAUUUCCCAUCCUUUCGGUGUUUUAUGCAUUUUAUGUUUAUUACAAUAUUUGUAAUGCAAAUCUUUUCAAAAAACUUUGGGGUUUUGUAUUUCAUUUGAAUAAUCUUACUAUUGGUAUUGCGCUCUCUUUUUCUUGUUUUGUGUGAACGAUUUUUCAACAGAAAACGGUGAAAUGUGAUUAAUUUAUAAACCUUGUUUGAUGUAUUGUAACGAAAUUCUUUUUAUGUUUUAAUUAUUUUAUUUCUAAUAUUAUAUUAUGCCUCUUCAUUUCUUUGAUGUUUCUAUCUACUCGGAAAAGCAUAUUGCAUUUUACUACAAAGCAAAUUUAUGUGGGACAUAGUAAGGCAAAACUCUUGGGUGUUUAUAGGAAUCUCAGCCCUUGUUUUAUUUCAACUUCUAUAUAUAGUGAUUUUAUGCAUGUUCAGAAAAAAAUCUGAAUACACAUUAAUACUUGAUGAAAAUUCGUUGCUGUUGCAUCAACAAGGAACCGAUUUUUCCACUUCCCAUCAAGGAUAUGAUCAUGCAUUGAUGAGCUGUCAAUAUUACUUGCGACAUUUGAGUAAAUUAGAGUUCAUACAAUCUUACAAACAAAUAGAUAGCCGUUCAAGUACUUACUGGUUUGCAUUACGAGAUACAGAAAGAGCAAAACGAGAAAGUGGAGGAAUUUUGACAAGAUCUAAAGGGAAAUGCAUAUUGAAAAUAUCUUGUCGACCAAAGUUAUCCAAUUUUACUAAAGGCAAUUGGGAAAAUGUACUGGAAAGCAUGCUUGAUAUUUUGCUAACCAUUAAAGAUGAGUCGUGUCCUUUUCUGUUACCUGUUUUUGAUCUGAACUACCAGACAGACAGGGAAACAUUACUUGUACUCAAUGAAUACAAGUCCCGUGGUUCUAUGCAUGAUCAGAUGCUUGGUAUGGUACGUCAGAAAGGACAAAACAAAUCAGUUAGCAAUUCCAAUUCCAUUAUGAUUUGCAAUCAAAAUGAAUCAAAUUCAAUAAUCAAAUUGACAGAAAUUGUAUGGAUUACAAUUGAAUCUACCAAAUGAGUAUUACUAUUCAAUAAAUGACUUUUCAAACAAUUUAAUUUUUAAUGCAAAAUUUACACUUUUAAAAUGAAAAUCAUUGUCAUAAGUGUCUAAUUAGUUUUAGGCUACAUUAUCCAGGAAUAUACAAAUGAAAGAAUAAAAUUUUUUGAAUAUAGUAAUACAAUGACAAUUUCAUCUGAAUUCUUCAAUCAGUCAUAAAAAGCAAUUCUAAAAUUUCUCAGUUUCAAUUACGUACAUUGUGCCAUACUAAUCAAAAAUAUCAUUUCCUGAAUGGGUCUGGAUGUUGUUACUGUUUGCUCAUAGGUGAUUGUAUCAGUGAUCUCAUCAAUGAUUGUGAAAUGGUACCCACUAGCAGCCAGCUUGGACUAUGUAUCUCAUGUAUUAUCAUAUGUUACUCUCAAAAUAUCGAUGAUUAAUAGGCAAUAAUAAUCAAUGUGGAUUUCGGGUAUAUCUACUCACUUCAUUUUAAAUCAUUUUAUUGAUUAUCAACUUAUAUACUUCAGACAUCUGAACCAAAAAUUAACUGUUGUUAUAUGGAAUAUAAACUUUUUAUAAUUGUUUAAAGUUUUAAGUCAAGUUAAAAGUUUACAUCUGUAAGUUUUUAUUGAAAUACGUCAACGAAUAUUGCAUCCAACUAUGAUUAGAUACCAGCUUUAAGAGCAUAUUUUUUUAAUAAUAUUAUCAAUAUUUUUUUUUCCGAACCACAACAUUCGCCAUUUUCAUCACAAAAUCUUCAAAUUAGCGUUGCUGUGUUUAACUCAAAAUGACCAUAAUUGUUUUCAACAAUGAUUUGCAAGUGUGUGAACAUGUCAAUUGUUAUUCAUCAUAUUUUGCUGAAUUUUAUUUACUGUAUUUUA